AUGAGGGAUUAUUUAAAGUUCGAUAAAACUAUUAAACCCAGUUGUUUAGGUCGUAAAAUUAAUUUUAGCUGCUUUGUUUCAGAAGGAGUGCAGCCACAAUAUGAAAACAAAUGUUUUACACCAAAACUUGAGCACCCAGAGAGAAUUGAAGUAUUAUGCUAUAAUUAUGAAAUUGAAACAUUUUACGAAGUUGCUAGUACAGGUGGCGGUGUUUUGGGUGGUUCCAGAACUGUGGAAGAACCAUACGACACAGAGGAUAGUAAUGAUUGUGAAAGUGUUUGUGGUGAAAUUGAUAGAAUUUAUGAACCAGAUUCAAUCCCAUUAUUAUAUAAAGGUUCUCCAGUUGAUAUUUUAUCAGCUCCCUGGCAUGUUGGCAUAUACACCAAUAAUACAAAUCCAGAAUUUGAUCAAGUUUGUGGGGGCACAUUAAUUCAUUCAAAUAUUAUUAUAACAGCUGGUCAUUGUUUUGAUAAUCAUGCCACAGGAAGAAAAUUUCCAGCAUCAAAUUAUCUUGUAGGUGCUGGAAAAAGGUAUCGUAAAUUUGAUUUGGAUGAAAGGUUCCAACAUUUUGCUGGUGUAAAGGAGAUACACACACCUCAAAAUUAUCAAUCUGAUCCAGUAAGGAAUGAUAUUGCUGUUUUGAUUUUGGAUCAUCAUAUUGAAUACACUAGUCAUAUUAAACCGGUGUGUGUAGAAUGGAAACCAUAUAAUGAUUAUCAUGUAAAAGAUAAUGUUAUAGGAAGACUCUUCGGAUGGGGAUCAACUACCUUGGAUGAUAGGUCAAGUGGAGAACUAUUAACUAUUCAAGUAUUAACAAUAACAAAUGCGUUAUGUAAAAAAAUGGUACAUCCAAAUUAUAAAGCAGAAAUUACUGGAGAUAGAUUUUGUUCAACGAAUAAUGCAAAUGCAACAGCUUGUCGAGGAGAUAGUGGUGGUGGUUUUGUUAUAAAGAAAGGAUUUGGCAAUUACGGAAAUUAUUAUUUAUUGGGUGUUGUUAGCGCGGGCAUUGAUUAUUCAAAAUAUUGUUCAGAUGGUUUUAUAACAACAUUUACAAAUAUACAAUUCUUUCAAGAUUUCCUUAAAUUUAUUAUUAUGAGCAGUAGAAAAAAUGAUUAAAUAUG